GUCAAUAGUUGGCUAAAGUUACCCCCGUCCGUCCCGCGUCAGUGGCCAUGUCGGAUCCACCCACCCACCACCAACACCAGUAGGCGCCCAAUAGCUGCUGCUGCUCGGCGACUUUCGUUUCGGCGGCGGCGGAGGGAGGCGGCAUGAAGAACUUCUUCAGGAAGCUCCACAUCGGGGAGGGGUCCGGGGACGGCGCGUCGCCGCCCGCCCCGCCGCUCCCCCGCAAGGGCAGCGGCGGAGGGGGCGGAGGCGGAGGAGGCGCGGGCCACCCUCCCCUCCUCCCCGAGCAGCGGCAGCAGCAGCCGCCCUCGGUGGUGUCCAGCUGGCUCGACUCCGUCCCGACGCGGCCCCCGCCCCCGACGCCCCCGCCCCCCGCGGAGGCGGAGGGGUCGGCGUCCGCGUCGCCGGGUGGGGAGGACAGGCGGCCAUCGGGGCCGGUGGGCGAGAGGAGGCGCGCACAGGAGGAGGGAAUGGAGCGGAGGCUCUCGCAGGAGGGCGAGCGGCGGCGAUCGCGGGAGGAGGACGCGGUGGAGGAGCGGGUCAUCAGGGAGUCGUCCGAGGCGGAGGAGAGGAAGCGGGAGAGGGAGAAGGAGGAGGACGACCUCGAGGAGUUCCAGCUGCAGCUCGUGCUGGAGAUGAGCGCCCGGGACAACCCCGAGGAAAUGGAGAUCGAGGUCGCCAAGCAGAUGAGCCUGGGCUUCCGCCGCCCCGCGAGCUCCCUCGCUGAGGUCCUCGCGGCCCGAUACUGGAAUUUCUACGCCCUUGGCUAUGAUGACAAAAUAACAGAUGGCUUUUAUGAUCUCUACGUCAUUGGGAAUGGGCCGGCAUCGAUAAACAUGCCCUCUCUGAGUGAACUGCGAGCACAGCCAGUUUCACAUAAUAGUGUCAACUGGGAAACUGUAUUGGUUCACAGAGGUGAAGAUCCUGAGCUUAUGAAACUUGAGCAGAAGGCCUCAAUCAUUGCUGUUGAACUUCGAUCGAGAAAUUCAGAAUUUGUUGGCAAUGUUUUGAUUCAGAAACUUGCUAAUUUAGUUUCUAACCACAUGGGUGGACUAAUAUUUGAUCCUGAGAACACGUCGAGAAAAUACCAGAAUAUGAUCAGAUCCCUGAGAGCACGUAUUGGAAGUGUAGUUGUGCCUCUUGGCCAAUUAAAAACUGGUCUAGCUCGUCAUCGCGCGCUGCUAUUUAAGGUUUUGGCUGAUAGCCUUGAUAUCCCUUGUCGACUCCUGAAAGGAAGGCAGUACACUGGAUCGGAUGAUGGAGCUUUGAACAUUGUGAAAUAUGACGAUGGAAGGGAAUUCAUCGUUGAUCUCGUGACAGAUCCUGGCACAGUUAUUCCUUCAGAGGGUGCUGUUUUGUCUACAGAAUUUGAAGACUGUUCCUACUCAGAUAACCAUCAGUUAAGCAAAGCUGAUACGGCCAAUCACUUGGGAUCUUCUCACAGUGGAGUCUCAAAUUCUGCAUGUGAUUCCUUUGAGUAUGAGCUACUUGACAGAAGAUCGACAUCAAGCAACGUUGGUCCUUCUGAUACAGAUGGAGCCGCGACUAGUCAAACAAGCAAUCAACAAAAUACGAUAAGUUCUUUUGAAAAUUUAUCGGUUAGCACAUUCCCAAGUGAAAAUAAACCUCUUAUCAAUGAAAGUAGAGGCACAGAAGAAGCGGUGGCACCAAAGAACAAAGAAAAACCAGUUGGUGCAAAUAACUCUCUGUCAAGUUCACCUUCUUCCCCAGAAGUGGGCAGCACUACGGGUUUCCGGAGGAUGAAAGUAAAGGAUAUCUCAGAGUACAUGAUUCAUGCUGCCAGGGAAAAUCCACAGUUAGCACGGAAAAUCCAUGAGGUCUUACUUGAAAAUGGAGUAGUGGCACCGCCUGACUUGUUUUCAGAAGAUUCAAUGGAGGAGCCAAAGGAUCUAAUUGUGUGUGAUGCCACCCUAUUUCAAAGCAAGGAUGAAAUGAAAAGGAGAAUGAAUGAGGUUGGAUCAAGGGAAUAUGCUGAUCGUGGUCAUGGCCCAUCACUGUCUCAUCGUCCUGGGCAUGAACUCCAAUCAAAAGUUGUACCUCACCGCGCACUUCUGGACUCACUUAAACCUGUCGAGGGUUUGGGUAUAUACCACCAUCCGGAUAUCCGUGAUAACACAUCUCCCUAUUUUUCUCAUUAUGAACCUUCGGCACCUCCCCAGGAAACUCCGUCACAGCUCUCAAAGCAAUUGCCUGUCACGGCUGCUGCUGUUGCAACUGCUGCAGUGGUAGCGUCUUCGAUGGUUGUCGCAGCCGCAAAAUCUAACAGUGAUAUGAAAUUUGAUGUGCCCGUUGCAGCUGCAGCCACCGUUACCGCAGCUGCAGUUGUUGCAACAACUGCUGCUGUUAGCAAGCAAUAUGAACACUCGGAGCCUGGUAAUCAGCUACUUAGUUUACCAAGCACAUCUGAACGAAAUGAAUCAGUUGAGAAAGCUGCAGAUGACUUUUGGGAUAAACAGCACACUGAAAUUGGUCAUGGCCAAGAUAAUGCUCUAGAUCAAGAAAGGGAUUCUGCUGAAGUUCCUCGGGAAGCUGAAAGAACCUCAGAUAAAUCAAGCGGGACAGAAAGUGCAAAAUCUGAAGUUACUCUAGACGAUGUUGCAGAGUUUGAGAUGCAGUUGGAAGAAAUCGCAAUCGGGGAACGGAUUGGCCUUGGAUCAUUUGGAGAAGUUUAUAGAGGUGAAUGGCAUGGAACAGAAGUUGCAGUCAAGAAGUUUUUGCAACAAGAUAUUUCGAGCGAUGCUCUGGAUGAAUUUAAAGCUGAGGUGCGAAUAAUGAAGCGGUUACGUCAUCCUAAUGUUGUUCUUUUCAUGGGUGCUAUCACUCGGGUGCCUAAUCUUUCCAUUGUCACCGAAUUUCUUCCAAGAGGUAGCUUGUUCCGGUUGAUUCAUCGACCUAACAACCUGUUGGAUGAAAAGAGGCGGUUAAGAAUGGCACUUGAUGUGGCACGAGGUAUGAAUUAUCUGCAUAAUUGCACACCAGUUAUAGUCCAUAGAGACCUGAAAUCUCCAAAUCUACUGGUUGACAAGAACUGGGUUGUGAAGGUUUGUGAUUUUGGCCUAUCAAGAAUGAAGAACAAUACCUUCCUAUCAUCAAGAUCAACAGCUGGAACAGCCGAGUGGAUGGCACCGGAAGUUCUACGUAAUGAACCAUCAGAUGAGAAAUGCGAUGUCUUUAGUUACGGUGUCAUACUGUGGGAACUUUGUACGCUACAACAGCCUUGGGAAGGUAUGAACGCAAUGCAAGUCGUUGGAGCAGUUGGGUUUCAGAGUCGCCGCCUUGAUAUUCCAGACAACGUCGACCCCGCCGUAGCAGAGAUCAUAACAAGAUGCUGGCAGACGGACCCAAGGGCGCGGCCUUCAUUUGCGGAGAUCAUGGCUGCAUUAAAACCAUUACUGAAGCCCGUACCCGCGAACCAAGCACCAAGGCAGAGAGUACAGCAGGCAGAGGGGUAGAGAAAAACGAAGAUUAGCAGCUGCCCAACGUCCAUACCUACAGGAAUUGUUUUUUGUACAGUUACACCAAAUGCGUGUGCAGAGUAAAGAGCGUGCGUGAUGUUGGUCCGUUUGCUUUCCUGUAAAGAUGUAAGUUCGUCCCAACAGUGGCAUGAGCCGUAUUAAGCCCGCCUGUCAUCGAUCCAUUCACGAAGACGGACACUGUCAGACCAUGUAACAGUUGAACAAGGAACUGACGUGGCGGGCGGAACAGGGGGCUUUGCUCAUACCAUCUCUCCUCCUCUCCUCCAUUUCCCUCUUGUGUUUCCACCAAAUGGUGGCUAUAUGUGCCAACACAUGUAAUGUAAUGCUGUCAGGUGUCAGUCAGAACCAAAAGGAAGAAAAAGAUGAAAAGCUUGUUCAGUUUGUGAUC